AUGGAGAAGCUGUGCCCUGGCGUGGAGCCUGGUGGAGGCAGGGUGUGGGCGUGCCUCUUCAAGCAGAGGGCUAGUCCAGACAUGCCCCGGGAGUGCGCCGAGGUGGUCAUGGCCCACCAGAAGCUCAAGCACAGCGAGUUCUUCCUGAACCCGAGCCUGGCGAAGCACUGCAGAGCGGACGCGGAGAGGCUGUGCCCGAGCGAGUUGGCCAACGCAUCCAAGAGGGACUUCACCAGCCACGGAAGCGUCAUAAGUUGCCUCAUCAAGAAGCGCAGCGAGAUCAACAACCCGGACUGCAUCAAGGCCGUAGGCCGCAAGCACGGUGAGCGCGCGGCCGAUGCCAGCAUGGACCCCGCGCACAGGUCGGUGUGCAGGGCAGACAUCGACGCGUAUUGCAGGGAGGCGGAGGAGAGGCAGAAGCAUUCCCGGGGCACGAAGGGCCUGGUGCACAAGUGCCUGCAGUACCACAUGAGCGUGCCUGGCACCAUCUCGGACGCGUGCGCCGAGAAGGAGAAGGCCUACAUGCUCGCAGCCUCGAAGGACACCCAGCUGAACCCUGCCGUGGACCAGCACUGCAAGCAGGCGAAGCAGCGGUGGUGCGAGGGAGAGCCGGACGGAGAGGGCCACCUCACCGUGUGCCUCCUGCUACACAUGCACUACGAGGAGAUGGAGGUGGCGUGCCGCGAGGCGCUCGAGGGCGAACAGGACAAGAGGGCGAGCUCGCUUCGGUUCAACCCGCUCGUCAAGAAGAUGUGCAGCAAGGACCUCACGCGCCUCACCGAAGAGAAGAAGUGCAAAGCUGACCACGGUGCCAAGAGAGCGGGCACUUGGAUAGACUGCGUCACGGACAACGUGGAAGACAUCCACGACACGGACUGCAAGAGCGCCGUGCUCAAGGUGAUGCAGAUGCAGAGCGCAGACCUCCGCGCCGUGCCGAGGAUGCACACGGCCUGCAUGGAAGACCUCCGGGAGCUGUGCCCCAAGACCGCGCCCGGCGGGGCCCGUUGGCACGAGUGCCUGCGGCAGAAGGUCGGCUCGGUUCGCAGCGGCGAGUGCAAGGAGCUGGUCUUGAAGGUCUGGCGCGCCGACAACAACAGUGCCACCCUGAACUUCAAAACCCGAAAGCACUGCGCAAACGAGGUGGUAGGGUUCUGUGCGGACGUGCAGCCAGGAGAGUCCAGGGUGCUCAGAUGCCUGGCGCUCAACAGCCAGGAGGCAGGCUUUGGAGAGAAGUGCAGGAAAUCGAUCUCGAAGAUGAAUAUCAGUUCACUGGUGGGCAUGAAAUCCUUGCGCACUGGCGGACAUAACGUGAUGAAUGAGCUGGAAGAGAUCAUCGCUCGAUUUCGAAUCCGCGAUGAGACGAUCGGAGAGAACGCCGUCCUUCUUAUGUUUGGCUCAGUUGGCUUUGUAACAGUUGUGAUUGCGUGGUUCGUCUGGUGCAUAUUCGGGGAGAAGCUCCGGAAAAUAUUUGGCGGCAAGUCAGGAUACGCGGUGGUUGUGCCGAGGGACUUGGAUUGUUGA